UUUGAGUUCCCCAUGACAAAAUACGUUUUAAAUGACUAUUUACGGCGCUAUAUUUAUGUGUAUUUUUGCAGCAGAUUCAAUUCUAGUAAAAUAGGACUUCAUUUCCCAGCAUGCAACCAAAGCAGUUCCGGAUCGAGCAGCAGUAUGCUGGGAAAUGUAGUCCUCAUCUCUGUAUUCCGUUCCCACCGUCUCCGACGCGAAAGAUGCCGGCCGUACACCACAAAUUAUUACUCGAGGAGGCCUUGCAAGACAGUCCGCAGACGCGGUCCUUGCUCAGUGUGUUUGAAGAGGAUGCAGGCACGCUCACUAACUACACAAACCAGCUGCUCCAGUCUAUGCAGAGAGUGUUUGGAGCACAGAAUGAAAUGGCUCUGGCGACAGAACAGCUAUCUAAGCAGCUCUUGGAAUAUGAGAAACAGAAUUUUGCUCUGGCCAAGGGCGAUGAAGAGGUGAUCAACACUUUACAGCACUUCGCCAAAAGCGUGGAAGAGCUGAACUCUCUGCACACUGAACUGGCAACUCAGAUUGCUGACAAGAUGGUGUUUCCCAUGGUGCAAUUCAGAGAGAAGGACCUUACAGAGAUCAGCACAUUGAAGGAGAUAUUCGGCAUCGCCAGUGAUGAGCAUGAAGCUGCCAUGGUGAAAUAUAGUCGUUUACCUAAAAAGAGAGAAAAUGAAAAGAUAAAAGCCGAGGUGGUGAGAGAGGUGGCGUAUUGCCGCAGGAAGCAGCAUCAGGCCGCUAUGCAGUAUUAUUGCGCUCUGAACGCGCUGCAGUACAGGAAGAGAGUGGCCAUGCUGGAGCCAAUGCUGGGAUACACACACGCUCAGAUAAAUUUCUUUAAGAAGGGGAUGGAGCUGGUGUCGAAGAAGAUGGACAGUUUUCUAAGCUCAGUUUCUAGCAUGAAUCAGAGUAUUGAGUCUCAGUUAGAGGUGGAAGCAGAGGUCAUGCGCUCGUCUCAGAGAGAGCUCCUGUCCGUGGACGACACCAUCUACAUGCCGGAUCACGAUCAGGUCCCCGUGAAUCGCGCCCUCAUCCAGAAAGCCGGUUACCUCAACAUCAGGAAUAAGACGGGUCUGGUGACGACGGCGUGGGACCGCUUGUUCUUCUUCUCGCAGGGCGGUAAUCUAAUGUGUCAGCCACGGGGCGCGGUGGCAGGCGGGAUGGUCCUGGAUCUGGACAACAGUUCUGUCAUGGCCAUCGAGUGUGAGGACCGCCGCUACUGCUUCCAGAUCACUUCACCCAAUGGCAAAACGUCUCUGAUUCUUCAGGCUGAGAGUAAGAAGGAAUACGAAGAGUGGAUUUGCACCCUCAACAACAUUUCCAGACAAAUUUAUCUAACUGACAAUCCAGAGGCUGUGGCGAUCAGGUUGCAUCAGACGGCCCUCCAGGCUGUGACGCCCAUCACCAGCUUUGAGAAGAGAGCAGAGGGUUCUCCUAACCCCGACCGAGCGAAACCAGGCGGUGUGACCUCUAGAGAGCCUCAGAAACCCCCUACGACCCUGGAGCCUGAAGAUCUGAUCGUCCCAGGAACACCAAUCCAGUUUGACAUUGUGCUGCCUGCAUCUGAGUUCCUGGACCAGAACCGAGCUGGAGCGAGACGCACAAACCCCUUCGGUGAGACGGAGGAUGAUGACGGUGCUUCAGACACACACGAUUCGCUCCUGCAGCAGGUGUUUGCCGUGCGGUUCUUGGGUUCGAUGGCCGUUCGGGCCGGUCACACACAGGAAGUGAUCUAUGAAGCCAUGAGGCAGGUUCUCGCCGCUCGUGCAAUUCACAACAUCUUCAAAACCACCGAAUCCCACCUGAUGGUCUCCAGUAGCUGCAUCAGAUUGAUCGAUCCACAGACACAGGUCACCAAAAUCAGUUUCCAGCUGAAGGACGUGACUCAGUUUGCCGCCCAUCAGGAGAACAGCAGGCUGAUGGGGUUUGUUCUGCAGGGGAGCGACUGGAGCAACGGAGGCGAGGAUCAACCCUCCUUCAGCGUGUUUGUGUUUGAGAGCAACACUGAAGGAGAGAAGAUUUGUUACACAAUAAACCUGGGGAAGGAUAUCUCUGAGGCAAAGAAGGACCCUGAAGCUCUGGCGCAGCUGAUGAAGUCCAUGCCCCUGACAAACGAUGGCAAGUUUUUGCUGCUGGAGAGCGAGACGGGAGACGAAGCGGAAGCAGCCGGAACGGACGAGCAGGAGUCGGAGGCCUGAUCUGAACACACACACACACACACACACACACACACACACACACACACACACACACACUCACACUCCCGUUUCCUGCUGCUGUUCUCCUGUCCUCCCCUCACAUCUCCAGACAGACUAAUGAAGGAAAGGCAGGUGAUCGAGUGAACAUGGCUCAUUCGUUUAGCACUUACCAAGUUUUACAUGCUUAUGAUGAAGGUUAAAGGCUUGUUUUAACCCAUCAGACACGAGUUUACAAGCUAAAGGAAUAAUUCACCCAAAAAUGAGAAUUCUCAUCAUUUCUUCAGUGAAUAACGGCUUAACAUUUGGUUUGGUCCUCAUGGAAGGGUAUUGCAUGACUCUGAAUAUAGUGCUCGAGUACUAUAAACCAAUUUUAUUAUACGUUAAUGGUACGUUUAGGAGUUCAACAGUGUAAAUUAAUGUUUCAGUUUGUUUGUGUGGAAAAAAGCAACUCAGUUUUCAUUUUUGGGUGUACUGUCACUUUAAGAAAAGAGUCUUUUAUUUGCAUCUAUUGUCAUUUAAACUUCAUUACUGUUAAAAUCGUUUUCUAAUGUCAGAUGCUGUUUCAGCUACAAACUGAUUUCUUUUUUUAUAAUAGUUGAUUCUGUUGCCUAUAAUACAGGAAGGUUUCAGAUUUCUCACUACAUAAGCAAACAACCAUGAAACCUGAACAUUUAUGUGCACUUUCUUACUUCCUGUUGCAUCUGACAUGUUAAAUGCUGAUUUUCAUAAUCCUUUACAUUCCAUUAAGCUACCAUUACACUUUAAUUGUGAUGCAGUUUUUAAUUAAGUUUUGCAAAACUGGUAUGAACCCCAAUUUGCAUACUAGCAACUAUUUAGUCUGCAAGAUUAGCGACGUUUUGAAAUAUGCAUUCAUGCAUGCUAAUACUGCUUCAGAAAAUACAUUUGUGUUGUUGGUAAUUUCUGAAUGCAUGAACAUAAACGUUAAUUAAUAAUUCACCCAAAAAAUUUUAAUUAGCUUAAAAUGCACUCAUCCAAGAUGUAGAUGAGUUUGUUUCUUCAUCAGAUUUGGAGAAAUCUAGCAUUACAUCACUUGCUCACCAAGUGAUCCUCUGCAGUGAAUGGGUGCCGUCAAAAUGAGGAAGUGUUGUUGUAUACAAGGAAUUAAAUAUAUAUUUUAGUUGGUGGUGAAGGUUUAAAGCUAAAACGUCUUGAUAGAUUCGUUUAUUAUAAACAUGCACUUCACAAGACAUUAACUGAUUUAUUUAUCUUGUGGAUUAUUGUGAUGUUUUUAUCAGCUGCUUGGACUCUCAUUCUGACGGCACCCAUUCACUGCAGAGGAUCCAUUGGUGAGCAUGUGAUGUUUAAUGCUACAUUUCUCCAAAUCUGUUCUGAUGAAGAAACAAACUCAUCUACAUCUUCAAUUGCAUGAGGGAGAGCAAAUUUCAGCUAAUUUUCUUUUUUUUUCAGAUAAUCUGUUCCUUUAAGGUAACUUAAAAAUCUUACAUGCAGAUAUUAUGAUUAAAGUUGCAAUUUUUCGACUUGCUAGAUAAAUGUACUUCACAUUUAUGUUGUGUGCAGAUUGGGAUUUAGCAGAAUGCAAAACAAAAUUACACUUAUUUGUCUAUAUUUUUGGUUUUAAUAUUUUAAAAA